UCUGUGGGUGUGUCUAGGCACAGGAAGAGUCUUUGGUACCAGUCCUGAUUUGCAGGUUACAUUAACUGCUGGUGCUGCACAGCCCACAGCCAACGGGUCACGAUGGAGAAGAAGCACAUGCAUGUUCAACACAGCAGACUUUCCAAUUCUGCUUCUUUAGGAAACUGCAGAGGUUCAGAGAGUCGUUUCCAUCUGAGUGUUAUUCUGUUCUUCGGCGUGUUCAGCAUCUGCCUGCUCAUCGGACUGCUGGUCGCCAACACUCAGUACAACAACGCCAAACGGCAACUAACUGAGGAACUCCAGGACUUGAAAAAGACUCACGACUCCAAACUUUCAGAAAUAAAACAGCUGAAAACGACGCUUGAUGAGAAAUCUGCAGAACUAAACAGAGCUCUGUCCGCACAGAAUAGUGACUCCAAAUGUAAUUCAAAUGAGGAACUCCUGAGUGAUCUGACUAAACGUCUCUUCGCCUGCAAUGAAUCGUUUUUCAACAUAACCAAAGAGAGAGACCAGCUGAUUGAGUAUCUUAAAGUGAGAGUCGGUGAAGGAUGGUCUGUGCAGAAUAACUCCAUGUUUAAUAUGACAGAAGAAAAUCACCUCUCCGGACUUUCAGUCAAUCUGACAGCGUCGUUCCAAGAAAGUGAGAAAAACCUUUCUCUCCUAUCCGUUGAGAAAGACCUGCUGAACACCGAGCUUGACGCAACAUGUCCUGACGACUGGUUCACGUUCAACAGCUCUUGUUACCAAGCCUCUGAUAACAAGACUUCAUCCUGGGAUGAAGGCAGAGCGGACUGCUUCAGAAAAGGAGGAGAUCUGGUGGUGAUAAAUGAUCCUGAGGAGGCAGGUGAUGAGAGAUUUUAG